AUGGAUGCAACAACUCUGCAGGCCGCGCGAGAAUUUUUCGCCGACUCGCGAGAUGAUUUCGUCGUAUAUAUCCAGGAACUUUCUGCCGGAGAUAUCUCAGAUCAGGGCGCCGCUGCAAUCCAAACCGAGCUUCGUCGUAUAGCCCACACACUCUCUGGAUGGAUGGAGCUUCGAGAUGAUCCCAACGGAAUGAGUUGCAGCUAUUUUUCAGAGCGGUGCUGCAACCUCUCAGAUAUUGUUGUAGAAGUCGCUGAGAUGGUCACUAUCAAGGACGGACAGCUCCCUCCCACAGUUAUGAAGAUGUUCGGUAUGCUGGCUAUACACUUAGGACGACUUAAUCUGAACGGCCAUCGCGAAGAGGACAAGUAUGCGCGGGGCUUUGAUCGCAUGGCCAAGGAUGAAGAUCGUAGAUGGCAGAUUGGAUCCCAGGGACCGGAUGAUGGUAGAGCUGAACUUCUUUUGGGCUUGUGGACUCGUAUGAAUCGGAUUUCAGAGCCUGGUCCCAAUUGUCGAUGA